AAUCUAUUAAAAGAAAAUAAAUUUUAAUCAUACAAAUAGAGAACAACUGGCGACUAAUCGGCUGCAGAGGCUCAAACCGUAGAGAGCAGCGGCACAAACAGCAACAGCAUGUUGAAGAUUUUACUUAGCAUUUUUGGCCUGUGUCUGGUUGGCGCUUUGGCCGCGCCCGCCGAUGUCGAUCAUACGAGCACAACGGUGCCGCCAGUGGCUAUUGUGGAUUCGGGUCAGGAGAAGCAUGAGGAUGGCUCGUAUCAUUUCUUUUACCAGGGCGAAGAUGGCACGAGGCGCGAGGAGACGGCCGUGGUGCAGAAUGCAGGCACUGGGGAUGCGUUCCUCGAGGUGAGCGGCACCUAUUCAUAUUUCGAUGCCGACGGCAAGGAGGUGGUGGUGAACUACAAGGCCGAUAAUUACGGUUUUGUGCCCGAGGGAGGCAACAUAUUGCCACAGAUAACGCUGGCCGCCAAGCUGGCCAGUGAGCAGAGGUACCCUCUUCCCGAUACGGACUAUAAAAAGCCGCCGCAAAACGAAUAA